GGGUGCAACCAAUCAGGCGCCAUCUUGUCUUGUUCGUGAAGAAGUAGAAGCAUCGAAAGGUUUGGAGAGGUAUUACAGGAACUGUGGCGACAACGGGGUUCCGGAACCAGAGUGGGGCAUAAGUAAUCUUGCUGCUAUGCUUCCAAGCUGUAGUCUGAAUCAACCCAAAUUUUAAACAGAAGGUGAACCUCUGAGAUAGAAAAUCAAAUAUAUUUUAAAAAGUCAGGAUGUGGGAUCAAGGAGGACAGCCUUGGCAGCAAUGGCCCUUGAACCAACAACAGUGGAUGCAGUCGUUCCAGCACCAGCAAGAUCCAAGUCAGAUUGACUGGGCUGCAUUGGCUCAAGCUUGGAUUGCUCAAAGAGAAGCUUCAGGGCAGCAAAGUAUGGUAGAACAACCACCAGGAAUGAUGCCAAAUGGACAAGAUAUGCCUACAAUGGAAUCUGGUCCAAACAAUCAUGGGAGUUUUCAAGGGGAUUCAAACUUUAACAGAAUGUGGCAACCAGAAUGGGGAAUGCAUCAGCAGCCCCCACACCCCCCUCCAGAUCAGCCAUGGAUGCCACCAACACCAGGCCCAAUGGACAUUGUUCCUCCUUCCGAAGACAGCAACAGUCAGGACAGUGGGGAAUUUGCCCCUGACAACAGGCAUAUAUUUAACCAGAACAAUCACAACUUUGGUGGACCACCCGAUAAUUUUGCAGUGGGGCCAGUGAACCAGUUUGACUAUCAGCAUGGGGCUGCUUUUGGUCCACCGCAAGGUGGAUUUCAUCCUCCUUAUUGGCAACCAGGACCUCCAGGACCUCCAGCACCUCCCCAGAAUCGAAGAGAAAGGCCAUCAUCAUUCAGGGAUCGGCAGCGUUCACCUAUUGCACUUCCUGUGAAGCAGGAGCCUCCACAAAUUGAUGCAGUAAAACGCAGGACUCUUCCAGCUUGGAUUCGAGAAGGUCUUGAAAAAAUGGAACGUGAAAAGCAGAAGAAGUUGGAGAAAGAAAGAAUGGAACAACAACGUUCACAAUUGUCCAAAAAAGAAAAGAAGGCCACAGAAGAUGCUGAAGGAGGAGAUGGCCCUCGUUUACCUCAGAGAAGUAAAUUUGAUAGUGAUGAGGAAGAUGAAGACACUGAAAAUGUUGAGGCUGCAAGUAGCGGAAAAGUCACCAGAAGUCCAUCUCCAGUUCCUCAGGAAGAGCACAGUGAACCAGAGAUGACUGAAGAAGAGAAAGAGUAUCAAAUGAUGUUGCUGACAAAAAUGCUUCUGACUGAAAUUCUACUGGAUGUCACAGAUGAAGAAAUUUAUUACGUAGCCAAAGAUGCACACCGGAAAGCAACGAAAGCUCCUGCAAAACAGCUGGCACAGUCCAGUGCACUGGCUUCCCUCACUGGACUCGGUGGACUGGGUGGUUAUGGAUCAGGAGACAGUGAAGAUGAGAGGAGUGACAGAGGCUCUGAGUCAUCUGACACUGAUGAUGAGGAGUUACGGCACCGAAUCCGGCAAAAACAGGAAGCUUUUUGGAGAAAAGAAAAAGAACAGCAGCUGUUACAUGAUAAACAGAUGGAAGAAGAAAAGCAACAAACAGAAAGGGUUACAAAAGAGAUGAAUGAAUUUAUCCAUAAAGAGCAAAAUAGUUUAUCACUACUAGAAGCAAGAGAAGCAGACGGUGAUGUGGUUAAUGAAAAGAAAAGAACUCCAAAUGAAACUACGUCAGUUUUAGAACCAAAAAAAGAGCAUAAAGAAAAAGAGAAACAAGGAAGGAGUAGAUCAGGAAGUUCUAGUAGUGGUAGUUCCAGUAGCAAUAGCAGAACUAGUAGUACUAGUAGUACUGUCUCUAGCUCUUCAUAUAGUUCUAGCUCAGGUAGUAGUCGCUCUUCUUCUCGGUCUUCUUCUCCUAAAAGGAAAAAGAGACAUAGCAGGAGUAGAUCUCCAACAAUUAAAGCUAGACGGAGUAGAAGUAGAAGUUACUCUCGCAGAAUAAAAAUAGAGAGCAAUAGGGCUAGAGUCAAGAUUAGAGAUAGGAGAAGAUCUAAUAGAAAUAGCAUUGAGAGAGAAAGACGAAGAAAUCGGAGUCCUUCUCGAGAGAGACGUAGAAGUAGAAGUCGCUCGAGGGAUAGGCGAACUAAUCGGUCCAGUCGCAGUAGGAGUCGAGAUAGGCGUAAAAUUGAUGAUCAACGUGGAAAUCUUAGUGGGAGCAGUCAUAAGCAUAAAGGUGAGGCUAAAGAACAGGAGAGAAAAAAGGAGAGGAGCCGAAGUAUAGAUAAAGAUAGGAAAAAGAAAGACAAAGAAAGGGAACGUGAACAGGAUAAGAGAAAAGAGAAACAAAAAAGGGAAGAAAAAGAUUUUAAGUUCAGUAGUCAGGAUGAUAGGUUAAAAAGGAAACGAGAAAGCGAAAGAACAUUCUCUAGGAGUGGUUCUAUAUCUGUUAAAAUCAUCCGACAUGAUUCUAGACAGGAUAGUAAGAAAAGUACUACCAAAGAUAGUAAAAAACAUUCAGGCUCUGAUUCUAGUGGAAGGAGCAGUUCUGAAUCUCCAGGAAGUAGCAAAGAAAAGAAGGCUAAGAAGCCUAAACAUAGUCGAUCGCGAUCCAUGGAGAAAUCUCAAAGGUCUGGUAAGAAGGCAAGCCGCAAACACAAGUCUAAGUCCCGAUCAAGAUCAACAACCCCUCCCCGUCGUAAACGCUGAGGAAUGAUGUGGCAAGGAUGCCAUGAUGUUUAAAAAAUUCCAUGAGUUUUAAGGGCUUGUCUCAUUAUAGAGGCACAUUGUGGCUGUGUAGGUGAAACCAGAAUCUUUUUUUUUUUUUUUUAAUCUGUGAAUAGGUGUACUUUUUCCAAAUGCUGCUCCAAGUUACUUAAUAGGAUUUCUUUGUAUUACAUUUUUUUCAAAAAAUAGUGCUUAAUAAGACUAUAAACAUGCCAUUCUCUUUCAGCUGUAAUGUUCUUAAAAUUAUUCUUGAAUGUACUGUGAUGUCAAUAAAGCUCUUCAGUUCA